CCAUAUGUUCUGUGAUUGACGUUUGACACUUCGCAAUCAACAUUUUGUAAACAUUUAAUUGAAAAUCGAUUCCUCGCCAUGGCUACUCUAGAAGAUAAAAUCCUUGGUGAAAAGCUGGAAUACUACUGCAGUAGCAGCGAAGGAGAGGACAACGCCGAUAGUGAUAGUGAAGAAAGCGCUGGGAAAUCAAGCCAGGUCAAGCAGGUGUCGGCCGCUCCCACUAUCGACCCAUCGAAAGUCACCCAGUGGAAUGGAAAUGCACAGAACACAGGCCCAAAAGGAGUCGUCCAAGACUGGCAACUAUUCAAACAACUCGAAGCACAACAGCGCGAGGAGAAUGAGAGGCAACGUAUCGAAUUGGCCAAAAAGUGCAGUAUGACGGCCAACAGCGCGCGGGAGGACGAGGAGCGGAAGAAAAAUGAAGAACUCGAAAAGGAGCUGGCCGAACUGUUGGAUGACGAAGUACUUCAACAAUUCCAAAAACAACGUAUCCAGGAGAUGAUGAAAAUAUACGGCCAGCAGCAAAAGCAGUUUGGAAAAGUCUUAAAUCUCACGUCGGGCGAUCAGUUCCUUAAUGAAGUGGAGAAGGAAGCCGCGCAGGUCACGGUCAUCAUUCACAUCUAUGAGAACAACAUCCCUGGGUGCAAGACUUUGAAUAGCUGCUUGGAUACUCUUGCGGCCGAGCACAAGCAUAUAAAGUUUUGUAAAAUUUGCAGUACAGCGGCUGGGACGAGUCUUGCAUUCAAGACGAAGGGACUGCCUGCCAUAUUGGUCUACAGAGGGAAUCAGGUCAUUGGCAACUUUGUCAGGUUGACGGACGAGUUGAGCGAUGAGUUCUAUCCUUCGGAUCUGGAAGGGUUUUUGAUCGAGAAUGGGAUGAUCGAUGAUAAGAGCAUAAUUCCUUUAGUUAAGUAAGAUCAACUCUUGUAACUUAUGAAGAAAAGUAUUUAUUAUCUACGCUAA